AAUCUAUCAGACAGUCCUGUUAAAAGCUCCGGCCUUUAAAAGCAGCAUGUGUCAUCUCGACUUGGUUCUCCAAAUAUCACUCGCCUAGGAAAUAUACGCGCCGAGAAGGGACGUCGGAGCGCAAAAAGUCGCGCUUAUCUCCGAACAACUUCGAGGCAAGACGCGCCGCUUUUCCAGGCCUGCUCACUUACCGAGCGGGGAAAUAUUUGCAGAAGUUGAAGUUCCUCGUCGGUUGGACUGGCUGGCUGCCGGUUCGAUCACAUUUAGAUUUUGGGAGACAUCUGAUCUCUUGACAAGCACGUCCAGACGCCCAGCAGACCCUUGCCGUGUGCGCUCUGACCGCGCCGCUCUCUCCUCCGCCACAAACACCCGGCUGCUCGGUGGUUUUUGGCUCCGCUAGACUUUUUCUAAAAAAGUGUGAGGAAGCCGUGAGAUGACCCUGUCUGGAGGCAGCGAACGAGCCAGCGACAUGUCCGGCCAAACUGUGCUCACAGCGGAGGACGUGGAUAUCGACGUGGUGGGUGAGGGAGACGAGGAGGGCAUGGAGAGGGACAGCGACUGCGACAGCCCGGGGGUGGGCAUCCUGCACGACCUCCGAGGAGAAACGGGCGACGAUGAGGUGGAAGACGAGAUCGAGGUGGAGAAGGAGGAGAUGAGGUCCGGCGGAGGGAGCCCGUGCUGUGAGAGCUCCGGGGAGGGAGAGACGGGCACCGGGAAGGGAGAGGGUCACGACCAGAGCGCAGCGUCGGGAGGCUCGAUCCAGAAGCCCAAAAGCAGCCUGGUAAAGCCGCCUUACUCCUACAUCGCCCUCAUCACCAUGGCCAUCCUCCAGAGCCCGCAGAAAAAGCUCACCCUCAGCGGGAUCUGUGAGUUCAUCAGCAGCCGGUUCCCCUAUUACCGGGAGAAGUUCCCGGCGUGGCAAAACUCCAUCCGCCACAACUUGUCGCUCAACGACUGCUUCGUAAAAAUCCCCCGGGAGCCUGGCAACCCCGGCAAGGGCAACUACUGGACCCUGGACCCCGCGUCGGAGGACAUGUUCGACAACGGCAGCUUCCUGAGGAGGAGGAAAAGGUUCAAGAGGGUUCAGCCGGACAUGCUCAGGGACCAGACUGCGCUCAUGAUGCAAAGUUUCGGGGCGUACAGCCUCGGGGGUCCCUACGGGAGACACUAUGGGAUCCACCCGGCUGCGUAUUCCCAUCCGGCGGCUUUGCAGUACCCGUACAUCCCCCCUGUAGGUCCCAUGCUGCCCCCGGGCGUCCCGCUGCUGCCUUCGGCAGAGCUGAACAGAAAAGCGUUCAACUCUCAGCUCAGUCCGAGCCUCCAACUGCAGCUCAACAGUCUGAGCACGGCGUCCAUGAUCAAAUCCGAGCCUUCAAACAGACCGUCUUUCAGUAUAGAGAACAUCAUCGGGGUCUCCAGCGCCUCCUCGUCCUCACCGGGCGCCGCUCAGGCUUUUCUGCGGCCUCCGGUGACCGUUCAGUCGGCCCUGCUGAGCGCACAGUCCCUGUCUCUGACCCGGACCUCAGCCGCCAUCGCUCCCAUCCUCAGCGUUCCUUCAAAUAUUAUUUCUGGACACGUUUUACCCUCAGCGACAGUGUCAGCGGUGUCCAAAUGGCCUUCACAGUGACUCCAAGCCCAGAGAAAACACUGUUAUUUUUCUAUAGAGACAUUAUUACCGGGAAGUGUGACGAGCACAAAUCAAUAGGCAGCACUGGACUGUAAAGCCACGUAAAGACUGUUGAAACAGAGACAAAAAAGAGAGAAAAAGAAGAUAUUUCUGUACAGGUAACAUUUGUAAAUAUUUGUAAAAAGAGAAUGAUUUUACCUGUUUGACUUUUAUCUGUCUUUCUUUCUUUGUUUUUCAUUUGUUCCUGUUUGAAAUCUGUGAGAAUUAUUUUACAUUUUCUUUUUUGUAUUGGAAGCUCAACUGGACACAAUUUCAGCUUCCUUUUCAUACAAGACACGAAAAGCUCUGAAAAAUAGACUGUUUAUAAUAAAAAUAAACAAUAACAGCAACAAAUAUAUGUAAUUCUAUGUAGCUAUAUUGUGUUGUAAGCUGAAUUUAUUUGUAAAUAAAUCUAAGAAAUAAUUAAAAUCACUUUUUCAUUAUGAACUUUUUAAA